UCCCCUCCAGCAAGCAUUCGUUUCGGUAUGUUAGCUGACCUAGUUUCCUCGGGUUCACCAAAGUGAGCCAGUGGUACAGCACAUACCCACACGCCCUUGGCCAAAACAUAGACAUUAAUCGUCUCUUCAUCGUACGAGAAAGGUAAAAAAAUGUCAUCUUCUCACUUAAAACCUUUGACAGAGGAUCAUAAACGUUACCAAGAUACCUUUAACACUGCAUUCAACAAGAUCGCUGAGAGAGAUGUGGUUUUUGAAAAGGUGACUCAAUUUUUUGACAAGAAAGUGAUGAAGACACUCACUGAUGUCUUUGACCGUGAUGAUGAGUUCAGUAUCCUCGGCAUAGGAGUUGGCGAGGGCUCAUACGAAUGUCGCUAUUUGAAGAGUAUUGAAACAUUCUUCUCGUCCGUAUGCAUCUCUGCAGUGGACCCGAAUGAGUUCAUGCUCUCCAGGUUUGAGGAGAGGAUUGGUGCAUUGAAAUCCAACGGCAAGUCUGCUGCCUCAUGCCACUUGGUCAAUGGUCCAAUCUCUCAAUUCUUUGCUGAAGAUGGUUUGUCGAAAAACAAGUACAAUCUCGUCAGCUCUGUACAUUCAAUAUACUACCUAGGUGACUUUGAGACGACCUUUACCAAAAUGGCAUCCAUGGUCAAAGACAAUGGUUUCAUCAUCAUUUUUUGUUCAAAAGACGAUCUUAUCCUGAAGUCAUUCAGCAAGUUUAGCUGGGUAGAAGAAAUCUCACAAGCAAACCAUUCAAUCUCUUCAACGGUUAUCCGAGAGUUUGCUGAAAUUUUAGGCUAUGACGUCACCUCUUCUGAAAUUGUGACGCAAUGGGACAUCACAGAGGUGUUCGACGACCAGUCAGACUUAGGAAACAAACUCUUGGAUUUCUUCACCCAUUUCGCAUUUUUCCGUCAAACAGCGCCCUCUGAGCUGGUGGAUGAAUUGAUGAACUUCUGGCGUUCUGUUUCGACAGAAGAUGAAGAUGGACGUAUCUUUACACCAUCCUAUGAAGAAAUACUUGUCAUCUCAAAAUAAGCAAGGACCUACACUGUAAAAACUGUGGUGUUAAAACUGACACCAGUUGGUGUUAAUAGAGGACCA